ACCACAUGAUCCCAGGUGCUUAUUCACAGCUGUAGCAAUAAGCCUUUGCCUCUCAAAAAAAAGUAUUGAAAAACAGUUAAGAAAAACUGUGUAGAAUUUAACAACUUGUUGUUUAAAAUUUCUUGAUGAAUAUUCCAAUAAAUCACGUGAAAAAUGGCAGAUGAAAACGAGGAUCAGUGGUUAUACGGCGACUCUGUAGAUAGUAAAGAAUGUGCUGAACCAGCGGCUAAUUCCAUUAUUGAUGGAAACGAUGCAUCCUUCGAACCACAGGAAGAUUCUUUGAAUCUUGACAAUGAAAGAAAUGUCGAAAACGGCAAUGCAACGAAUCUUUCUGAAGGCUUGAGUACAUUAGAGCGUGAAGAGCAAUCGGACUUAAACGAUUCAAAUAUCGAAGAUACGGAAGUAAAUAAAAAUGGAACAAAAGAUGACGUCAGUCAGGAAGAUGGUGACGCAGCAAGUGAUUCUGAUUCAGAUGACGAUGUCCACGUCGUUAUUGGUGACAUUAAAUCAGCACCCACCUACAGUAGUUUAAAUAUAAAACGAAGUGGUCUCAUCACUUCCAGUAAUGUACCUGAAAAAAUAAAUAAACUCCCAGGCAAAUUUAGUAUCGAUGAAUUCGAGACAAUUGGCGUGAUCAAUGGCAUUCCCGCACAUGAAUUUAAUCUCGAUCAAUUGGAAGAUAAACCAUGGCGACAACCCGGAGCCGAUAUCACUGAUUAUUUCAAUUAUGGUUUCAAUGAAGAAACAUGGCGAGCAUAUUGCGAACGUCAGAAGCGUAUGCGAAGUGAAUCGGGUGUGGGUUUAAUUUUAAAUGCCGGCAGUGGUGUUGGUAAUACUGGUGGUUUAGGUUCGAGAGUGCCACAAGUGACGAUCACUAAUUACAAUAGUAAAUAUUCUGGUAUUAUGGGUCCAAAGAGAGCGGGACCACCGCCUGGGAGGAAAAUGGCCGGAACUAUUGAUGUUAUUGGCAGUACUGGCUUAGCAUCGCGGCGGAAUCUUGAUAAAUCGCCACCAAAGGAGAAUGUCAUUCAGGUUAUGACUGCUGAUCGAAGGGAGUACUCGAGAAAACCGGGAUUUCCUGAUAUGAGUGUUCCACCGCCGGUGACUGUACCGCCGGCAUUUGAUAUGCCACCGCCUGGUUAUCAGGAACCGGCUCCGUACUUCGUUCCCGAGGUCGAUCCUUAUUAUCAGAGUUAUGAACCUACACAGGAUAGACAAUGGGGUGAUCCGACAUGGCAAUCGGCUAAUUUAUCAAUUCCAUUAGCUGAUAAUGGUGACAAGGAACCAAAUCCAAAGCCAAUUUCAACAAUGAUUCCACCUGUUUCAAUGUCGCCUAUAAUGUCGAUGCGUGACCAGAGAGAUGGAAGAGAUAGGGAUAGAGAAAGGGAUUGGGAUCGCGAUCGUGAUAUGGAAAGUUUAUCGCGAAGUCGUGAUCGAGAGAAGGAUAGAGAUCGUGAGAGAGAGAAAGAGUCAAUGGUAAGAGAAAGAGAAAAAGAAUCUGUUGCAAGGGAUGAUGAUCGUGAAAGAGACCGAGAACGCUCGCAUUAUCGCCAUAAAGAAAGACAUCGACAUCGAUCACGUUCAAGAUCACGUAGACACAAGUCCAGAUCACGAAGUCCAAGCCGAAGAAAGAAGAAGUCAAGGCGAUCGGAGAGAGAACGAUCAAAGGAAGAUAGUGAAUAAAAUAUAUAAUUUUAAGUACACUUAUUUUUUUGUUGGAAUAUAAGGCUCUUUUUUGUUUUACGACUUUUUUUUAACAGUAACACAAAAAAACAUUGUUUAUUAAAAAAAUCAAAUGGAGGAAAUAAAAAGUUUAAACUUUA